AUGCACACAAACAACUCCGAUUAUGUGGCCAUGCGGCACUUUUUCGAGAGCCAGGCGCACCAGGCCGCUCUCGAGGACUACGAGGGCACAAUAAGUGGCCACCUGAUGCGGCUCGAGAUGGCGCUCUCGCAAUCCGCGUACUCCUGCCAGCCGGACUUCGCAGGACUGCGCAUGUGCUGCGUCAACUCACUUUUCGACGUUUGCAACCGCCUCGAGUGGCGGAGCGCCACCUUUUCGCUCGCAGUGCACAUCCUCGACUUGUACGCUGCACGCAGCGCCAUAGACAAGGCGCGAUACCGCAUGGUGGCCUUUUGCUGCCUGUGGAUUGCCUCCAAAUACAACGAAAAUAAGCCCAAGGGCAAGCUGGCCGAUGCGCUCAUCCGCCGCGCCGGCUACCGCACUGCGCAAAAGAAGCUUUUCCUUACGCUCGAGGCACGCAUCCUCAACUGCAUUGGCUGGAAUCUCUCCUACCCGGCCACCGAGUCCUUUGUUGAUCUUUUUCUAAAUAAGGCCGAGCCCAACAACAUCGAGCGGCGCUACGGUGCGCUCUUUCUCUGCGAGUUGGCGCACUUCAACACCGCCAUCUUCCACCAUUACAGCGCCAGCGCCAUUGCCGCAUCCGCAAUUCUGCUCACCAAUGUCGCUUUGCUCAACUUGCGCCACAAACACGUCUACCAGCACCGCUUUGGCGCCUUGGAUACGCUGCUGUUGCGCUCAGUGCGCUUCAUGCCCUCCGCUGUGCGCUACAAGUACGUCGACCGUGACGCGCACGCGCAGGGCGCACACGCUGCGCAAAAUGUGCAAAGCGCCCUGGGCGCCCACUACUCCAGCAAGGCCGCCAUCAUCCACAAUUUGGUCGAGUUGGCCGACUCCUUCGCCACGGAACAGCGCGAGCGCCGCCGCAGCGCAUGCGGUAACAAGCCACUCCGCGCAUGUGCCUCUCCUGUGCAAGACUCCAGGCGCUAUCUUAGCCUGCCAAUCUCGCCGAUCGCGUCACCCACGCGCACCAAAUCUGCGCCGAUCUCGCCUGCAUCGCCGCGCCGCACCUCCGCACAGGGCGCCCCUGCGCGCUCUGCAUGUCUGCGCCGCUGCACCAUUCCAACACCGGGUUCCACGCCCACUGCGCUCUCCGCGCAGGGCAAAAACUACAGCUGCACCCCGCAGAUGGCAUUCACGCCAGCGCAUGCGCUCCCGCUCCCGCAGUUGCAACUUCAGCCACAAAUGGUUGAGAUUGCACAGCCGGCGCCGGUGCCAGCGCCUUACCUCUGCCAGGCGCCCCUGCGGCCCUUCCCGGGAGAUGCCGCCAGCGCACCCAAGCGCAGAAGAUUGUGA